GGGCGGAGCAGCAGCAGCAGCAGCAGUAGCAGCAGAGGCCGCGGAGAGGAUGAACCGGAAAAAGCUGCAGAAGCUGGCCGACUCCUUGUGCAAAAGCGCGAAGCACUUUAAUAAAUUUGAAGUGGAAUGCCUCAUAAAACUUUUCAACACCUUGGGAGUGGAGCCUAGUGAUCGACAUGCAGUUGUUGGCUUGGAUCGUAACUCAUUCCGAAAUAUCCUACAUGUCACAUUUGGAAUGACAGAUGAUAUGAUUAUGGACAGAGUGUUCCGUGCUUUUGACAAAGACAAUGACAGUUGUGUCAGCGUAACAGAAUGGGUAGAAGGAUUAUCGAUAUUUCUUCGUGGGACUUUGGAUGAAAAAAUAAAAUACUGUUUUGACGUCUAUGACCUGAACAGCGAUGGAUACAUUUCACGGGAGGAAAUGUUUCAUAUGUUGAAGAACAGCCUUCUGAAACAACCUUCAGAAGAAGAUCCCGAUGAAGGAAUUAAAGAUUUAGUAGAAAUAACAUUAAAGAAAAUGGAUUAUGACCACGAUGGCAAACUGUCUUAUGCGGACUUUGAAAAGGCUGUAAGAGAUGAAAAUCUCCUUUUAGAAGCAUUUGGGCCAUGUUUGCCUGAUAUGAAGUGUGGGAUGGCAUUUGAAGCACAGGCGUUUCAAGAGACUUCUGAUUUGUAGCUCUGCAAAAAACACUG